CUCCACCGCGGCCGUUAUUUGCACCCGGAGCGCCUGCGGGCCGGGCGCAGAGCCCCAGGGCGGCUGUGAGGCAGGCUGCCGGGGGCAGAGAAUGCGGAGCGAGCGCACCGAGCGGGGCAUUGGUUCGCUUCUCACGGCGGUCCUCUCUCUGCUAGCGGAUCUCUGGUGUAACUUGUUCCUGUGGUCUCAAGAGAAGCGUUCUCCGCUUUCGUUUGACCUCCUUUUAGUGAGCUAAAUAGGUGCGGUUGAUGGUUUAAGCGCUGGUUCAGAACUUGGGCUGGGCUUGUUGGUAGUGCUGUAAGCACUCUUACAUGGCCUGUGGAAGUUUAGAGUUCUCUGAGGGGGAAAAAAAGAAGCAAUUCUCCUCACAUGUGAAAGCCAUUAAACAGUCUCUGUUCCUGCUUCUCGUUUCACGUUCUUCACCCUCCAUUUGUUACUUCAGCAAGUAAAUAUCCACGCAUUGUAUAUAAACAGUAACGCUGUUGGAUCUGCUCUUGAAUCGGCUGAAAAGAGCAGAGAUAAGCUCAUGCUACCUCCCAAGAAUGUGAGGACUGCCAAAAUACACAGCAGAUAGUUUGUUGGGAGAGAAAUAGUACAUAUCGAGUAACUGUUGAGUCAUAAAAGGCUGGAGUUAGUGUAAGCAGAUGUUGGUUGCAGCCGACACUGAGGGGAAGUCGAUGAUCGCCACCCCUCCAGCCACCCACUGCCCGUUCCUGCUGCAGGGACUUCUCCGAAAGAGUGUUUCUAAUUUCACGGAAACCCUUUGAAAUUUGGCAGAGUUUUCAGAAAUCCACUGACCAGCACCCAGAAGAGAGCAUUCGCGUUCUUUUAGAGUACAGCAGGAAGAUGAAGACUCGGCUAAAAAUCAUAUUUGGAGUGGUUCUGUGCCUUCUGCUUUCCUUAUUACUUAUGGGUAUUAUACUGCUUCCAUCAAGAGCAAUCAACACAAAUGAUGGGCCCAGAGCUCUUACACUGGAGGAUUAUUUGAAUGGAAACUUCCAAUACAAAACAUUUUUUCCCUAUUGGGUGUCAGAUAAUGAAUAUCUUCAUCAGUCUGCAGAAGAUGAUAUUGUUCUUUACAAUGUUGACAUGAACUACCCAACUACCAUCAUGACUAACAGCACACUGAAACAAGUUAAUGCUUCAAAUUAUGUGUUAUCAUCAGACAAAUAUUUCAUAGCUCUGGAAAGCAAUUAUUCAAAGCUGUGGAGAUACUCUUAUACAGCAUCAUACCACAUUUAUGACCUCAUAUAUGGUGGUUUUGUAACAGAAAAUCAGCUUCCACAUAAAAUACAGUACAUAUCCUGGUCACCUGUUGGACACAAAUUGGUGUAUGUAUAUCAGAAUAACAUCUAUUUGAAACAAAGUCCAAGAGAGGCACCAAUUAAAAUAACUUCUGAUGGAAAACAGAAUGAAAUAUUUAAUGGGAUUCCUGACUGGGUCUAUGAAGAGGAAAUGCUAGCAACAAAAUAUGCACUGUGGUGGUCUCCAAGUGGAAAAUAUUUAGCAUAUGUACAAUUUAAUGAUUCCAAUAUACCAGUCAUUGAAUAUUCCUAUUUUGGUGAGGACCAGUAUCCUAGGAAAAUAAUUAUCCCAUACCCAAAGGCUGGGGCUAAAAAUCCAACUGUUAAAGUGUUUAUUGUAGACACCACUCAUUUUGAAGUGUUUGGUCCUAAGGAGGUGCCAGUUCCUGCAGCCAUAGCAUCCAGUGAUCACUAUUUUACUUGGCUUACUUGGGUAACAGAUAGUCGCAUCUGUGUGCAGUGGCUAAAGAGAAUCCAGAAUUUUUCAGUCUUAGCUAUUUGUGAUUUCAACAAAUAUUCAAAUACAUGGGACUGUCCAAAGAAUCAGCAGCACAUAGAAGAGAGUCAAACAGGAUGGGCAGGCGGAUUCUUUGUUUCUACACCAUAUUUUACAUCAGAUGGCAGUUCAUACUACAAAAUUUUUAGUGACAAGAAUGGUUAUAAGCAUAUUCAUUACAUCAAUGGCUCUGUGGAGAAUGCAAUCCAAAUCACAAGUGGAGAAUGGGAAGCAAUUUACAUUUUUAGAGUAACAAAUGAUGCAAUUUUCUAUUCAAGCAAUGAAUUUGAAGGCUAUCCAGGAAGAAGAAAUAUUUACAAAAUCAGUAUUGGAAGUAAACCUAUCCAGAAACAAUGCAUCACUUGCAAUUUAAGGAAGGAGAGAUGCCAGUAUUAUACAGCAAGGUUCAGUGAACAUUCUAAGUACUAUGCCUUGAUUUGUUAUGGUCCUGGGAUUCCUAUUUCUACUCUUUUUGAGAACCAUGGGGACAGAGAGCUCAAAGUAUUGGAAGACAAUUGGGAAUUACAGUCUGCUUUGCAAGAGAUCAAGCUGCCAAAAGAAGAAAUUAAUAAGCUUGAAGUGGAUGGUAUAACUUUGUGGUACAAAAUGCUUCUACCUCCCCAGUUUGAUAGAUCCAAGAAGUACCCUCUGCUUAUUCAAGUGUAUGGAGGACCAUGCAGUCAGAAUGUGAAAGAAACAUUUAGCAUUAGCUGGAUAACCUAUCUUGCAAGCAAAGAGGGAAUUAUUGUCGCUCUGGUGGAUGGCAGAGGAACAGCUUACCAAGGUGACAAGAUUUUGCAUGCAGUAUAUAAAAGACUAGGAGUCUAUGAAGUUGAGGACCAAAUCUCAGCAGUAAAGAAGUUUAUUGAAAUGGGCUUUAUUGAUGAGAAACGAAUAGCAAUAUGGGGCUGGUCCUAUGGUGGGUAUGUAACUUCUUUGGCACUUGGAUCUGGCAGUGGAUUGUUUAAAUGUGGAAUGGCUGUGGCUCCUGUUUCUAGCUGGGAAUAUUACGCAUCUAUCUACACAGAACGAUUUAUGGGUCUUCCUGUAGAGUCUGAUAAUCUUGAGCACUACAAGAAUUCAACUGUGAUGGCAAGAGCAAAGAAUUUCCAAAACGUGGAGUAUCUUCUCAUCCAUGGAACAGCAGAUGAUAAUGUACAUUUUCAGAACUCAGCACAAAUUGCAAAAGCUCUGGUUAAUGCACAGGUGGAUUUCCAAGCGAUGUGGUAUACUGACCAGAACCAUGGAAUUCCAGGUCUUUCCAGCAAACAUCUCUACACACAUAUGACCCACUUCCUCAAACAAUGUUUUUCUUUGUCAGAAUAAGUAGGCUGUUCCCAGCACUCUGCUGCAUCUCUGGAGAGCACAACGGUAACAGUACCCAGGUUGUAUAGUUUUCAGGUGAACUGCUAACAGGAAAUUUGAAGCUUUAAACUUGAUGUUUACAUCCACUUUUCUUAGUGUGUAUUAGCAAACAUUAUGCUGAUACCUGUUUUGGCAUAUUUAACACCUGUUUGGUAGAAACAAAUAAAGUCAGAAUGUCAAA